AUGCCACAUUUGGACGACAACAGACCAUACCACGAUGGUCUUCACCAUUGUGACCAUUGUAUUCGUGAGUGCACCUCGCCCCCGUCACAAGCAAAGUCUGAUAUUGGGAUUUUUUUAAUUUUUUUAGCUUCCACUUACAUUUCUCUCUUCCAUCUUUGCGCUCGAUAUCGCCCAAUUUACUCACGGGCCUUCGGGCCGUCCGCAGUUUCAGAGCUGGUGGAUCUUUCCUUUGAUCUCUGGGAUGACCUCUUCCCCGCUGCUUCUGGUCCCGGACGCCAACCCCCCAGAGGGUCAUAUGAUGCCAGUCGAUACGGGCGUGGACGGGUCCGCUCUAUGUUUUCUAGAAAAAUACCGAACAAGUCUGAAGAUGAUAAAUCAUUUCCAGAUGUUGCUAGAGAAUUUGACACAUGGUGGACAGAACUGCGACUACAUCUAGAUACGACUGAAUAUAUCUACAAAUUACUGGCACUGUAUAAGCGACUAGAGCUGCUGGUCUGUGUCAUUUAUGCAUUUAUGUUCAAUGGCUGUGAUGCAUCAUGUGAUAUAGCCUGA